GCGCCCAGGGCCCGCCGCCCCCAUGGCCCUGGGAAGCCCGCCAGAUGCCCCGCGCGACGGCAGCGGCAGGGACCCCGACCGGAGCCAGGCGGCGCGGACCCUGUCUCGGCACAGGGCGUCGGAGGGCUACGCCCCGGUCCCGCAGGGCGACGGUGGCAAGGUCCACUACCACAUUCGCAUCAACUUGCCGCUCUGCUUAGGCCUCUGCGUGCUCCUCCUGGUUCCCGCGGCGGGCGGCGCCGCGCUGCUCGGCAACGCGCGGCGGACGCGGACCCCGGCUAGCCGGGAUUUGGCGGUCAAGGCAAUUGCAACGCCGAAGGGAGCCGGCGCUCCCCCUGGUCUACGCAGUCCAGCCUUCGACCGCUUCGGGGGCGCCCAGCCUCGGGACGAAGGCCAGCUGAGCGUUGGACGCUCCAAGGGCCCCCUGUUCGGCGUUGGCUACAACCCGGUGCUUCAGCGCCCCGUGACGGGCCACCGCCAGGACGUGCUGCCAGGGCAGUAUGACGUCAUGGCCCCCGAGGCCUCCGCGCUCUGGGGGAGCGGCGGCCGAGGGGACCUGGAGGCGAUCAAGUCGCUCGGCGCCAACGCUGUGCGGACCUACGGCAACAACCCCGACCUCGACCACAGGGCCUUCCUGGACGAGGCCCGUCGGGUUGGCCUCGACGUGGUGGCAACGCUGCCGCGCGACCGCUUCCUGAAGCCCAAGACGGGCUGCGUGCACAAGAGGCCGCCAGCGCCGUCACCGCCGCCGUCGUCGCCCGCACAACGGUUGACGGACAACAUCCUGCUGUUUUGA